UUUGAGGGAGGAGUUUUAUCAAGGAAACUUCAUAAAUAUGUAAGCAGGCGAUAUGUCUAUAUAAAACUUCAGCCUCUCUGGGCUUAAAUCAAUUGUUGUCACAACACUCCAAAUGAUGAUGAAUCGUUCUUGGUACCUCGUCUGUCUUGUAUUUGUAAGUCUGGUGAUCGUGGUGCAUCAUGCUUCUUCUCAAGAGUCCAUCAGCAUCUCAUCCGGCAUACAACUUUUACCUUGUAUUUAUCAUGGAGUGCCGUUUGUUCACUCCGAAGUGUGGCGCGUUGACGAAUGCACAACCUGUACGUGUGAUAACAGCACUACAACAUGCGUGGUUGAAUCUUGUCAACCGGCACACUGCACUGAACACGUUAAACCGCCAGGAGAAUGCUGCUCUGUCUGUCCAUACGACGUGACAGUACGUAAAGUAGAGCCCACCAUACAAACUAAACGCAAUGUGACAACUAACGGUGACGCAACAAUAGUUCUUGCGGCAGACGUCACAUUCAAAGAUGCCAAAGACACGUCAGGAGUGAGAGGCGAAUCUCUCUGGGAGUUGUCUGCCUGGAUUGCUCCUGUAAACACUACUCACAGGAUAGGUUUCACCGAGCAAGUUCUCAAUGUUGAUCAAGCAUCGCAGUGGUACGUCAAAGGAAAUCGAAUCAUCUUCCUGGACGUCGUGUAUACCUUCGUUGCUCCGUCUUUAAACUGCGACGAGGCUAAUGUCUGUGUUGAGCUUAAACGUGGACGAAAUGCAGUAACAACCGAUGGUCGUCCUUUCAAUUUUGGCAGUGACCCAGACAGCUCUACAUCGUUGAUUGGCUGCACUUCACUAUGUGCUGGCCGUGACAUAUUUCCAUGUGUGGAUACGGAAGGAAUACAUUUGCAUGAAGAUGUCUGGCAACGAGAUCCAUGUACACACUGUACUUGUAACAACGGAACAGCAGCGUGUUCUACAAAGGAAUGCCCCGAUCCUGGUUGCAACAGGCCUGUGAGACUUAAAGGCGAAUGCUGUCUAUCCUGCCCAUAUCAUGUAAGGGUGAGGAGAGUGUCACCGUUUGUCAUGGCACAGGACCAGAUUGGAGACCAAGUCCACCUUCGAGUCUUGAUCACCUUCCAUGAAAGCCAGCACACUACAAAUGUUACAGGGAUAAACCUGUGGAAACUCAGUGCUUGGGUAGCCCUUGAUCAGACUAAGACUGGCAAAAGAUAUGACUAUAGAGAACAGAUUCUUGAUGCUACGCAGAGGUCACAGCAGUACGUGAAAGGCGAGACACCGGCGUUCGCUGUUGAUUUAGGCAUUGCGGACACUGCUGUUGUUUGUGGCACUGCCUUCUAUAUCUGUGUUAGAUUCGACAUCGACAGCAACUACCAAACGGAGCAUGAUCGUGGCUUUGAGUUCUCAGGUCUUCCUGAUAACUCAUCACUCAUCGGUUGCACGUCACGGUCUACCACGAUCCCUGAAGAGCGGUGCAGUACCGUAGACCAACCUGAUGAAUCUCCUGUCAAGUCUGAUGUGUGGAUACCGCUGGUAAUAUCGACGAUCGUUCACGUUGUAGUCGUAAUCAUCGUCCUGGCCAUUGUGUACUUGCGUCGUCGGAAGAUUCGAAGAAAUUCGAAAACCCGACAGAUUGUGAUGCCCACCAGAUGA